AUGGCAGCGAUUACUCCAUGGCUUUCUUCUCCACAGAGCUUCUCGAAUCCCCGCGUUUCCACUCGCUAUAGUUCAGCAAGAUGCACAUCACUUCCUGCUGUCGUCUCUGUUCUCGAUAGUUCCAACGAGGAACAUCAUCAGAUUCUUUCUGGAGAUCAUGUUGGGAUGAAGAGAAGGGAAGUCAUGUUACAGAUAGCUUCCUCUGCUAUCUUCUUUCCCUUCAUCGUUUCACCUGCAUUUGCAGAGACAAAUGCUUCAGAUGCUUUCCGUGUGUACACAGAUGAAGCAAACAAGUUCGAGAUAUCAAUUCCACAAGACUGGCAAGUAGGACAAGCAGCAGAACCCAACGGGUUCAAGUCAAUCACAGCUUUCUACCCUGAAGAAACCUCAACAUACAAUGUGAGUGUAGCGAUCACUGGACUAGGUCCAGAUUUCACACGGAUGGAAUCUUUUGGAAAGGUCGAAGCUUUCGCCGAAACACUGGUCAGUGGAUUGGAUAGAAGCUGGCAAAAACCAGCAGGAGUGACUGCAAAGCUGGUUGACAGCAGAUCUUCCAAAGGGUUCUAUUACAUUGAGUAUACAUUGCAAAACCCUGGAGAAGCACGUAAGCAUUUGUACUCUGCAAUUGGGAUGGCAACAAACGGUUGGUACAACCGUUUAUACACUGUCACAGGACAAUUUACAGAUGAAGGAUCUGCUGAUCAAAGCUCCAAGAUCCAGAAGGCAGUCAAGUCUUUCAAAUUCAUCUGA